AUGGGCCACUACCGCGCAUCUUCCCAGCCGGGCAUGUUGGCUCUCACCUUUGACCUGCUGGCGCGACUUGGACAAAUCCUCAUGUUGCAAUUUCGACGACUCCGACGCUCAGGGCGCAACGGGCGCAGUCGCCGCCGCAUCAAGCUCCUCCUCAAAUUCGCCAUCCCGCUCCUCGUCCUCUACUUCUUGAUCGACCUUCCCAUUCACCUAUACCGCACGCGAGUAGCGCGCCCCGACCAGGAUCUCGACCAGCCGUUUACGACAGGAUGUCUGGACCCAUCCGUUAUGGCCGCGCAGCCGCGCGAGAACGCCACGUUUGUCAUGCUGGCGCGAAACAGCGAGAUCGAAGAUGCAAGAUUGACGGUGGAGAAUAUCGAGUGGCAGUUCAACCGGUGGUUCCACUACCCGAUCUUGUUCCUGAACGACGUGCCGUGGAGCGAUGAGUUCAAAGAUGUUCUAAGCAGGGCCGUGAGCAAUGGGACUGAAGUGAAGUUUGAGAUCAUCGACAAGGGCAAGUGGGGGUUCCCCGAGAAGAUGAAUGAGAAGGAGAAGACCAAGGCCAAGUUGCAGAUGAAGAAGCAGGGUGAGAAGGGAGUCAACUAUGGUGAUAUGGAGAGUUAUCAUCACAUGUGUCGGUUUUACUCUGGCGAGUUCUACAACCUCGAAGCCCUGAAACCAUACAAAUGGUACUGGCGCCUCGAGCCCAGCGUGCGCUACAGCUGCGCCCUCACGUACGACCCCUUCGCCGAGAUGGCGAAGCGCAACAAGGUCUACGGCUGGACGAUCGCGCUCUGGGAGAUGGGCGAGACCUGCCCGACCCUAUUCAAGACGACCGACGACUACCGCAUCGAAAAGGGCAUUCCCCGUAGCCCGGCCUGGAACGCGCUGUUCCAAGUGAUGUGGUUCCCGGCCCCCGUGCGCUGGUUCCUCGGUCUCUUGGGGCUCUCAGAGCACGACAACUCGGGCAACAAGUGGAACAUGUGCCACUACUGGAGCAACUUUGAGAUCGCCAACCUCGACUUCUUCCGCAGUGACACCUACCAGGACUACUUCCGCUACCUGGACAGCAAGGGCGGGUUCUACUCGGAGCGGUGGGGCGACGCCCCCGUCCACACGCUGGCCGUGCACAUGCUUCUGCCUCCCGAGAAGAUCCACCACUUCUCGGAUAUCGGCUACGAGCACGACACGCUCUGGCAGUGUCCCGGAAACGCGGCCAUGGAUAAGCAGCUGCUCGGCAACAAGGCGUUGGGCGACACGGGCAAGAUGACGACCCCCUCCGAGGGCGGGACCGGGUGCAGGUGCAAGUGCCAGGAGAAUACGCGGAGGAGGAAUAUCAACAGCGAGUGCACGAGCGAGCUGACCAGGCCGGCGGCGCACCAUAGGCCUAGCUGGUGGCAGAGGCAUUGGGGAAAUUAUCACUAUGCUGUGAAUAACCCGCAUAAUCCGUACGAGAAAUAA